AUGGCGAAAGGAGUGAGCUGUCUGCUUGAUGGGCGUUCCGCCACCGCUUCCGCCACCUUCAAUCCUCACCCCUCCUUUCCUCCUACUUCGACCUUCCCUCCUCUUCUAUCCGCCCUGGCGACGACGAGACCUACUCGGAUGGGCUCAGAUUCAGAAAAGUCCUCACGCUUGAACCAGAAGAGCCUCGGUGUCACGAAUCGAAUAUGGCUUCUUCUCGCGUUUUUCCUCUCCCUUGUCGUCUUCACUCGCUUAAUACUACCCACCGAUGUUAAUAACACGCGGCAUAGACUUCUAAGCUUAGAUCUGAAGCCGAAAAACUACCUCAAUAUCACGGAUGGAAAUCUGAUGCCGUUCUCAUUCUGUCCUGCACUUGGACCUGGCGACGAGCUGACGUCCAAAUAUGAUCCAGUUGCUCUUGCAAAGACGAGGUUUCACACUGGGAGUGGGGCACGGAUUCAGCGCGUCAUCAGCAAGGCACUGUCAGGCCUACCAGUGACGAUCAGUGUUGUCGGCGGUUCAGUGUCUGCUUGCCACGGAGCUGGCGAUGACCCAUUAUCGCCUCAUUGCUAUCCCUCAAGAUUCUUCAAUUGGUGGAACAGCGUGUUCCCCCAUCCAGCCUCAGAGCUGACCAACGGCGCGAUGCGACGCACAAAUUCAGCAUAUUUCGCGUUCUGUAAUGCCCAUCAUAUACCCGACGUCACAGACCUCGUAAUAAUUGAGCUCGACGUUGAUGACGCAAACGGUCAAGUCGCAAUGGAUGAGUUUGAGCUACUUAUUCGAUCUAUACUAUUACGCCCGGAUCAACCGGCUGUCCUCAUACUUGGACAUUUCAGCCCACAAUCUGCCCAAGCUAAUGGAUUUAGUGGACCCGAUCACUGGCAUAGCCUGGUCGCGCAAUUCUACGAUGUACCUCACAUCAGUAUAAAACCCCUCCUCUAUCCUGAUUACAUGACGAACCCAUCAUUGGUAGACCGUUAUUUUGUCGACCCAAUUCUUGCUAACGUAGCGGGACACGAAGUCCUCGCUGACAUUCUGGUGUCCUACUUUCAGUCGCAAGUUUGUGCUGCAUGGGGCGCUCUGACAGGCGCAUCACACGAACUGUUGCCCUCGCUCUCUUCACCCAUAUUUAUUGACAACAACGUCAAGCAGCCUACAGAUGCGCGAGGCUUGUUUGGAGGUGUGGCGCAACGCAAAGGUGCAGCGGGCGCAGCAGCGCCUGAGAACGACUGGACCGAUCCGGACGGUGGCAGCAACGUCAAUUUGAAUCCCUUACCCUUCCUAGAGCCUAAUCUAAAGGCUCCCUCACUCCACCAGAAUCUGCGGGUACCCCCUGUGCGUAUCAGCACCCGUCCGGCGGACCUAGAGACACAUCCGUUCGUUGAGGUGGCUCCGUAUUGCGUGUCUGCCAACGAUUUGGUCAACCCAUUGCCGCUGUCAAUGUUUGAGGGAUCUGGUUGGGCAGCCUUCCACCCUCGCCCAGGCUCGGCGGACCUGUCAUCGCACGCGCAUUAUUUUUAUACUAGUUUGCCCACGAGUAAACUCAGGGUUAGCAUUCAAGUCAGCGGUGGCGAUGUCGGUAUAUACUAUGUCAAGGAGCCUAGUAGUAGAGUGGGGCUUGGUAGCGCUGUUGAAUGCUGGGUUGACGACAACUACGCGGGUGCAGUCGUCAUCGAGAAUGCAGCUCAAGUAGGAGAAUUGACACCAGCAUUGGAGGUCAUAGACCGCCAUGUUACAUCAGGAUCACAUUUCGUCGAAUGUCAGCUUAUGGGAGAGGAAGAUGACCGCAACAUCCCAGCAUUUAGAAUUAUAGGUAUAUUUGCAACGUGA